AAAACCUGCUGCCUGCACGAUUGCUGAGGCAUGCAGCUGUGAGUUUGGUCAGCUAGAUCUUUCGCGGAGCAGUGGAAAUGGCCAGUUCCUUCAUCGGAGGCUGUUGGAACGAAGCGAGGGAUGAGACGGACGGCGGAAACGCCUGGGUGGAUGGAGAGCCUGAGAGACUGAUCUACCCAACUGACUCCAGGGGAAGACUAUGUGGAGUGCACGACGCCGUCAGGGACAAGCCAUUUCUCCUGUUCUUUGACAUCAAGCAGUGUGCCACAGUCGUCUCUGUCUCUGAGCUACUGGCUGGAGAAGUGGACACCGAUACCAUCUUCACCUGCCCCACUCAGCAGGUGUGUGUGGCCGAGUGCCCGGAGGAGAAUGAGUUUGGAGUGAGGAACAACCCAGUGUGCGUGGACGAAGUGGAUCCAGACAAAUACCGCAACGUCACCGACCUGAACUCUGGUGACUCUAAUCCACUCGUCCUGGAUCUGGUGCAAGACAUUGCCAAUGAGAGGUGUGCACCCUACUACCUCAGGAGUGAAGCCGUUGCCCGGAGGUGUAUCCCGACCUUUCUAGACCUGCGUGGGAUUGUGAAUGACACCAUCAAUUUCGAGCCUGACCCAGCACUGAACGACACCGAUAUUAGAGAAGUCAUCACAGGUGCAUCCAUUGACUCCAUUGUCAAUGGAUCAUUUGCUCAAGCUCUGUUGGUCGAGGCUAGGCAAUUCCUGCUGGAGGUGUAUAGGGACUUCACCAUCGUCUGGCCUGCACUCCUAAUUGGUGUCGGUGUUACGGUGGCCGUGUCCUUUCUCUACAUACUGCUGAUGUGGCUGUUUGCUCCAGUGAUUGUCUGGGUCACCAUUAUUGCUGUCCCUCUGCUUGUUUUAGCCAUCUCUGGGUUCUCCUACUACCAGUUCUACUGUUUCCAAGACACGGAGAACCUUUUCAACAGAUUCGACUCAGAGGAGGAUUCCCUGACUGAUUUUCUCAACUCGACAGAGACCCUCUCUGCCAGACUGUGCGUGCAGACUGAGGUGUUUCGCUCCUUCAUCUCGUCGCAGUUACCUUGGUUCCGCUACCAGAAGGAGACUUGGCUCGCCAUUGGUAUUAUAGGGACGGUGUUUGUGGUGGUGAUAGUCCUCAUCCUCAUCUUUCUCGGGAAAAAGAUCAGAAUCUCCAUCGCUAUCAUCCAGGAGGCGGCCAAGGCGGUGGGAGGUGUUCCAACAAGUGUGUUCUAUCCUGUUCUCACCUGGCUCCUCCUCAUAAUGCUCUUCUUGGUCCUGGUGGAUACCACCAUGGGUGUACUGGCUGUCUACAAUGGCAGCAGAAAGAUCGGCAACAUCAGCUGCCUCUUUGACGAAUUUGUCACCUCCAAUACUCUACUGGGGAUGCACAUCUACCACCUGUUUGGCCUCCUGUGGAUUGGUAAACUACAUCCUGGCCCUGGGAGAGGUACGCUGGCCGGGGCCUUUGCCUCCUGGUAUGGGCAUACAGGAAAACCCAAGGAUGUGCCGCUCUUUGCUGUGCUGGGCUCUUUAGGAAGAGCAUUCCUAUUCCACUCUGGGUCUCUGGCAUUUGGGGCCCUCAUCAUAGCCAUCAUCCAGAUGAUCAGGAUAAUCCUGGCCUACCUGCAGAGGAAGCUCAAGGACAAGACUGGCAGGAUCACCAAGAUCAUCUUCUGCAUCCUCCAGUGCUGCUUCUGGCUCCUGGAGAAGUUCUUCAAAUACGUCAACAGACAGGCCUACAUCGAGACAGCAGUCAAAGACAGAAUUGUGGCGUUUCUGCUGUUCCUGGGAAAGAUAUUUAUUGUCUGCGUAAUCGGAGUGCUGGCCUACUUAGGGUUUGGGCCAUAUCAAGACCAGGGCGAAAAGCUGUGGGGCCAACCCCUCAAUUACUACCUAAUCCCUGUCAUGAUUGCACGAGCCAAUAACCGUUAUUAA